CUCUAAUGUAAAACACAGUUUGUUCGGAAGAGCACGUGACUCUCCUCCGUAGAAAACAUGGCUGCGCCCUGUGCCGCUCAAUGCUUUUACAGAACAGGUGGAUCAGGGCUGCUUCAGAAAGUAGCACAUCUGCCCAGCUGCCACAGAAGCUCAUCUGCUGCCCACCGAAGCCCACCUUACCGAUGUUUCUUCUGGAAGAAAUCAAAUAGUUCUCACAGUGUGGUCCGGCCUGCAGUAGUGCUCCCCUCUUAUCCUGUACCCAAGCACAUCCAGAAACCUGACUAUAUCUCGUCCAGCAAAGUACCUGAGUGGCCGGAUUACAUAGAGAUUAAAGAUGAGGAGCAGGUCCAGGGAUUGAGAAGAGCAUGUCAGCUAGCCAGACACAUACUGCUGCUGGCAGGAAAGAGUUUGAAGGUUGGUAUGACGACAGAUGAAAUAGAUUUUAUAGUCCAUCAGGAAGCCGUCCGUCACAAUGCCUACCCCUCUCCUUUACACUACGGGGGCUUUCCGAAGUCAGUCUGUACCUCCGUUAACAAUGUAGUAUGCCAUGGCAUUCCAGACAGUCGGCCCUUGCAGGAUGGAGAUAUCAUCAACAUAGAUGUCACAGUUUAUCUGGAAGGUUACCACGGAGACACCUCAGAAACAUUUCUGAUUGGUUCGGUGAACGAGCAGGGCAGGAAGUUAGUGGAUGUGGCUCGACAGUGCAGAGAUCAGGCCAUCGCCUCCUGUGGACCAGGUCAACCUCUGUGUGUCAUUGGAAACACUAUCAGCAAAAUAGCAAACUCAAACGGAUUCUGCGUAUGUCCGUAUUUUAUCGGUCACGGCAUCGGAACGUAUUUCCACGGUUAUCCAGAGAUAUGGCAUCACGCCAAUGACAACGACCUGCAGAUGGAGGAGGGCAUGUCCUUCACCAUAGAACCCAUUCUCAUGGAAGGUACCUCAGAAUUCAGGAUCCUGAGGGACAAGUGGACCGCCGUAUCUGCGGACGACAAGAGGUUGCGUGCGGUUCUCCGUUUCUCCUCCCACACUUUUCUCCCCACCUUUCUAACGAGAGCCCAGUGCAGCCUUUUAAAUGUAGCCCGCAUUAAUCAUUCAUUACUUCAAGCAAGAAUAAGUGGCCAAUUUCUAUUGAGAAUCUUCAAGAACUUUAUUUCUAUUGGCUGUUGACAUUUAGCUUGGAAAGACUGAGUACCCUUAGAAUUUGAAGCACAUAGGGAGCUAAGUGCUCUGGGAUAAACUUUCCUUUAACUGCAUAUAUUUUACUGGAGAGCACUUGAGUGUUAAUUGCAAAUGAGCUGAUUGCCCUGUUGGCAGGUGAGAGCAGAGUGUUACUACUUGGUCAGUGGUUGAUUAGAGCUCUGAUUUUUAAGGUUGACUGGGGUAAUACGCAAUAUGGCAAAACUCUGAAUUCUUCAUCUAAGGCAAUUGUUCUCAGACAAUUGUACACGCAAGCUAAUAUGAUUUUAUAUCACGCUUUCUCGUCUCAUUUUAAACACCUAGCGGCACCCAUAGAAGUUUGCUGAGGGCCUUGUGGGCUCUAGACCCCCGAUUGAGAACCACUGGUUGUAUAUAAACGACUGAAUGGUUGCGUUUUCUUGUGUGUUAA